AUGAGGGAUAGCUCAGCGUGCAGCUCAGCUUCUUCAUCAGUGACAGAUCUGUACUGUACCCACUCCAGCCAUAGGGUGCACCUCGUCUUCCUGAGUACAGCAGGGUAUUUCAGCUUGAGUGCCAGCUUAUCGGCUUGUAUGAGGCUUUAUGAGGGUGCAGUAGAGCCCAUGCAGAUUGACGUAGAUCCACAAGAAGAUCAGCAAAAUGCACCUGAUAUCAACUAUGUGGUGGAGAACCCCACUCUGGAUUUGGAGCAGUAUGCGUCCAGCUACAGUGGUCUGAUGCGAAUUGAGCGGCUGCAAUUUAUUGCUGAUCACUGUCCACAGCUGCGGGUGGAAGCUCUCAAGAUGGCACUGUCAUUUGUCCAGAGAACUUUCAAUGUUGAUGUGUAUGAAGAAAUCCACAGAAAGUUGUCUGAGGCCACCAGAGAACUGCAGAAUGCGCCUGAUGCUGUCCCUGAUAGUGGAAUUGAACCCCCUCCGCUUGACACAGCUUGGGUUGAAGCUACACGCAAAAAAGCUCUUCUUAAACUGGAGAAACUCGACACAGAUCUGAAAAAUUACAAAGGGAACUCCAUCAAGGAGAGUAUCAGGAGAGGCCACGACGACUUAGGUGAUCAUUACCUUGACUGUGGAGACCUCAGCAACGCUCUCAAAUGUUACUCGCGAGCCCGUGAUUACUGCACCAGUGCUAAACAUGUUAUCAACAUGUGUCUCAAUGUCAUCAAGGUCAGCGUCUACCUCCAGAAUUGGUCUCAUGUUCUGAGCUAUGUAAGCAAGGCUGAGUCUACACCAGAAAUUGCAGAACAAAGAGGAGAAAGAGACAGCCAGACACAAGCAAUUCUCACCAAACUGAAAUGUGCAGCAGGCUUGGCUGAACUAGCUGCUCGGAAGUACAAACAGGCAGCAAAGUGCUUCUUGUUGGCCUCAUUUGACCACUGUGAUUUCCCCGAGCUGUUAUCUCCUAGCAAUGUAGCUGUGUAUGGUGGUCUCUGUGCCCUUGCUACCUUUGACCGUCAGGAACUGCAACGAAAUGUUAUCUCCAGCAGCUCCUUCAAAUUGUUUUUGGAGCUGGAGCCACAGGUUCGUGACAUUAUCUUCAAGUUUUAUGAAUCUAAAUAUGCUUCAUGCCUGAAGAUGCUGGAUGAGAUGAAGGACAACCUGCUGCUGGAUAUGUACCUUGCACCUCAUGUCAGGACACUUUAUACCCAGAUUCGAAAUCGUGCCCUUAUCCAGUACUUCAGCCCCUAUGUGUCGGCAGAUAUGCGCAAGAUGGCCACUGCUUUUAAUACCACAGUGGCUGCUCUGGAAGAUGAACUUACUCAGCUGAUCCUGGAGGGACUGAUCAAUGCCAGAAUAGACUCGCACAGUAAGAUUCUUUAUGCUCGAGAUGUAGAUCAGCGCAGCACAACUUUUGAGAAGUCUUUACUAAUGGGCAAAGAGUUUCAGCGACGUGCCAAAGCUAUGAUCCUGCGAGCUGCAGUCCUGCGCAACCAGAUACAUGUCAAGUCUCCUCCGAGAGAAGGUAGCCAAGGGGAGCUUACUCCAGCUAACAGCCAGUCCAGGAUGAGCACCAACAUGUGAAAAACUUCGUGCACUACCAAAAGAAAUGGUCCCUCCAGGACUGUACCCAGUGUCUCACCCACUAACUGCUGACCUUCACAAAGUGUCCCUGUCUCUCUCACUUCUUGCUUGGAUUGAGAGGGUCAGGGCUGAUGGUGGAUAAUAUGAAUAUUCCAAUAACUUCAGUUCUCCUUGAAAAGAAAUUCUUUCUAAAAACAACAUCCCUGCAAUGGGUCAUCAUUUCAGUUUUGGUAGAACAUCUCCUUCUCCUUCCAUCACUCCUUAGAGCUGUCAGGUUAUUCAUACAGAUGCUGAUUUGAGAGUGUUUCAGCUGCUGUUAGUUUUCUUGUUUAGAAGCUGCAAAAAUAGUUAGUGUUAAGUUGAACAGACAGGCGUGAACUAAGAUUAAUUUCUCUGGCCUGAAAGUAUUGCCUCGAUGCUGAGCGAUGCUGAGCUUUCUGUUUAUUCCAGAUAAACUUAGAAGUG